UGCUUGCCUUUAAAGUAUGAGAGUUGUGAAUUGUGUGAUCUGGUUGGCACGUCAGAAUAUGACCUUCACGUAUAUACAUUACACCGAAGACUGUAAAGAAAAUGUGUCACCUGAGCUGUACAACGCUGCGGGUAAUUAUUUACGCUGUUGAUUUUAGAUUUAUCUGAUGACAGUCUGUUGGCUGAUAGAAAUUUAAAAGCGAAUAAGAUUCCUUGAAAUGCGCUAAAAAUAAAACGAGUAUAGUUUACAAAAUACCUUAUACGCAAUUAAAAGUUGGGGUAAAUUAGUUCAUGUUUUAUCUUGUUUAUUGCCCCCAUUUGUUAGUAAAAAAAGAAUAUUUACAGAAUUAUAUUAACUUAUCCUCACGUCUGUAAAGACGAGCGUUGUUAAUUGUUAAAAUUACGGUAAGCAAAUACGGGAUAUUUUGCGUGCUGACUAUCUUGACCCACACUACUAUGUGUUUUUAUAUACACACGAUGACGUAUGCCAGACUCAUAUUUCACAGCGAUGGGGUUAUAUACUCGAUACACAAAUGCAUGUAUCACCGUUCCUACUAUUUACUGCAUGCAUACCAGUUAAUGUUUAACAGCUAAAUGUUUGCUUACUGCGAAUGCGAUAUCUCCGUGUCAUAUGCACUGCUGUACAACUAUACCAAUGCUAUAUUGCGCUUGACACUGUACUGGUUAUACUUGCCGGUAGUAAGUUAUAUAGCUAGUAUGACUGAACUACACAGUAUACCAGUUGUAAUAACCAAUUCGGAAAACGAUGCUACAGCUUCGGAUAUAAUCGCAAAUGGAUUAGUUUUCUCAGGCAAAGACGACGAUCAAAUUACUGAACUUCCUGUUACCGAAGGAAUUUCGGUAACUGCUUCAAAUCCAACGACUUUUGGGGACGAUUUUGUAACGCAGCAUGUUAACACAAUAUCGAAAGAGAACGAUGAAAUACAUAGCGAGAUUGGGAAAGAAACUGCUCCAAACAAUAGAAGUGUAGCUGAAGAUCAUAUUAGGGAUUCCGCGCUAGAAAAGAACUAUUUACUCGCGGCGAAUUAUAUAGAAGAUGCCAGAUUUGGAAGAACUAUGGAUUACAACAUUGACAAGGAAUCGUUACUGAACUACCGACGUUACAGCCGUCGAUUAUUGCAGUGGGGGACCGUCAUAUUUAUGUGGUGGCUUCUUUUGAUUGGGUUGUUUGAAGACCCAGCAGUGCCAGGGCUGGCCUUGCCGUAUUGGGCAACUAUGCUGAUGGAAGUUUUUUGUUUGGUCGUCAUAUGUCUUCGAAUGUACCAGUUAUCAACUUUUGUUCCGCGAAGAUCCCUUCUUACAGACCCGAAGAAUAUCGUCAUUGCACUCACUAUAGUGGUUACUGUUAUGGACAUGAUCAUAUACAUUGGGAUGAUCAACAGUCCUUUAAAAGGUUCAGCUAUCCGGGUUUCAAGAGUUGUGAGACCACUAUUUAUGAUAAACAUGAAUGAAAGUAGGCAGGUUCGACGAGCUUUUCGAAACAUUCGGAACACAGUACCGGAAAUCAUCAACGUUUUGAUUCUCUUCUUCUUCAGCAUUGCUCUCUUUACAUUACUUGCGUUCAAGCUUUUCCAAUUACGUGAUCUUUACUACAGAGGCGGAGAACCUUACUUCCGAAACUAUUGGGAUUCCUUCUUCGAUUUAUACGUCCUUGUAACGACAGCAAAUAGUCCAGAUGUCAUGAUGCCAGCAUACGAUGACAGUCCAUGGUUUGCUUUAUUCUUCAUUGCUUACAUUGUGAUCAACACUUAUAUUUUCAUGAACCUCUUUCUCGCUGUCAUAUACAACAGUUACAGAGCUCAUCUCAAGACCGAAAUUCGUUCCGCCGUUUUAUGGAAACGCAAGAAGUUAGAAAAUGCGUUCGAGAUAUUAAAAGACACCAUGCCAGGAGAAAAGGAGGCUGUGACAUACAACUCGUGGAUUAUGGUGAUGAAAAAUCUAACCUACCCACCAUCGUUUCCAAAGAUAUCACUAUUCUGGGAGGUCCUACACAACCGAAAUGGAAUGGAUGUUGAUAUAUCUACUACAGCAGAUGGAGGUAUAGAACUCAAACAGUUUCUUCAACUCGCUAACCUAAUGAACGUGUACGUGGUUGAAGACCAAUCUGCAGUUAAUAUAUUUGUAAAAUGGGCACCAGAAGUAUAUGCUUCAAGACCGAGCAAAUUCGUGAGGAAAUGCGUUCAGCACUGGACUUUCGUUUAUCUGUUUGACCUUUUGAUACUGAUGAAUGCAGUUUGUAUUGCAUUUGAUUGGGAAAGUACGGAGUGGUUUUUCUUGUCGAUAUUUAUCGUUGAAAUUUUAUUGAGAAUGUACACGCUUGGUCCCAAGGAAUAUUUCAGCUUUAGCAGAUUUUGGAAUUGGUUUGAUUUUAUAAUCAUUACAUCGGCGUUUAUAGCGACAGUCAUUGAAGCAAGUUUGGACGAGCUUGCGCAGUUUCCACGGGAAGCGCUUGAUUUUCUAAUGGUCAUGAGAUGUUUGAGAUUGGUAAAAAUUGUUGGAAACAUCGACAGAUUUCGCAUUAUCGUGAUGACAAUUGUAAACAUUGCGCCUUCGUUACUCACCUACGGCAUCGUAUUACUGAUGCUCUAUUACGCGUUCGCGAUCGUGGGCAUGGAAUGCUUUGGUGGUAAGAUCAAAUUUACGCCUAACACAACUGCUUCAGAGAACAAUUGUAACAACACAAAGUUAGAAGGCUCAGAGUUUCUGAGGAUGGGUUACUGUAAUAACAACUUCAAUGAUAUUUUACAUUCCUUGGUUACACUUGUUGAGUUAACAGUUGUUAAUCAAUGGCACAUUAUCACCUUGGGUUACUCUUUAGUAACGAGCAAAGCAGCAAGAGUCUACUUCAUAUUCUUCCAUCUUAUAGUAGUGAUCUUAAUUAUGAACAUUAUUGUGGCGUUCGUACUCGAAGCAUUUAUACUGGAAUAUCAAUUGUCAAAAACUACGAUUGAAACGGCGGUGGAGAAAACGAUUCAACAAUUAGGCCUAAACUCAAACGACCAUAUAGCAGAUGUAAAUCAUGAUAAAACAGAGUUGAUCAAUGAAUUCGACGUGGGAGACAACGACCAGUACAGUGGAAAACGAGAACCACAUCGUAAAGAAACUCCAAAGAUUCGGUUCCGAAUAAACCAAGGUCACAAAAACAUUGAAGUUUUGUUGCAACGAAUGUUCGAAGGUGAAUUAGAGGGCGAAGGAUUCGAAUUCGCAAAUGCUGAAGAACCAAUGACGCUAGAUGGCGUUACAGGGAACUCGGUCACUGUAUGACGGCUCUAAUUCGAUUUUUAACUUAUUUUUUCAACAAUGUCGAAGGUUUUGUGUUUAUAAAUAUACACGAUUGGGUAUGAGAACAAGUGUAUUAGCAUGAACUGCAAAACAACGUAUAAAUAGGUUCCUAUAUAUAUAUAUAUAUAUAGAAACUACUUAAUAGGCGCUACUAAAAGCCAAAACAGCGGUUGGGUAA